AAUGGCGUGGCCGUGGCGGGGGCCCGCCGCUCUCUGCCCGAGUCCAGCAUCAGAAAACCACCUGUGAACAUCGACUCGGAGCUCAGAGGCGGUUUGAAAAGAAGUUUCACGGACGUUACGAUGAUCCCGGACAGAGUAAAUCUCCGCUGAGAGCCUACUCUACAAACUGUGUGAAACUACUGGACUGUCGCUUUGCCAUGUCGUUACUGUGUGUCAGAGUGAAAAAAGCCAAGCUGCAAGGACCUCCAGACAAAUUCAACACCUAUGUGACACUGAAGGUGCAGAAUGUUAAAAGCACAACUAUCACUGUGCGGGGGGACCAGCCCUGCUGGGAACAGGAUUUCAUGUUUGAGAUCAACCGGCUGGACCUUGGCCUCAUCGUUGAGGUGUGGAACAAAGGCCUCAUCUGGGACACCAUGGUCGGGACAGCCUGGAUUCCUUUAAAGAGUAUCCAGCAAUCGGAGGAGGAGGGCUCGGGCGACUGGAUCUUUCUAGACGCAGAGGUCUUGAUGAAGGCGGAUGAGAUAUAUGGCACCAAGAACCCUACACCCCAUCGAGUCCUUCUGGAUACUCGCUUCGAGCUGCCUUUUGACAUCCCAGAUGAUGAGGCACAGUACUGGACAGGCAAGCUGGAACGCAUCAAUACCAUGACAAUCGAUGAUGAGUACCCUCUUCAGGAUGACGUUCAGAGUCGCCCACUGCCAUUUGCUGCUUCCCAGUGCUCUCUGGAUGACCAGGACAGCGCUGUGGACGACCGCGACAGUGACUACCGCAGCGAGACGAGUAACAGUCUGCCUCCACGUUACCACACAACAGCUCAGCCUAACUCUUCCAUGCACCAGUAUCCCAUGGGACCCCGGCAGCAGCACCACCCAGACUCCUGCACAGACUCUGUCCACAGUUUUGACCUAGACUACAGGGACCAGAGAGGAACAAGUCCAGUGGAAAGUAGUCGCUUUGGGUCAUCGGGAAAUCUGAGCCAGACCAGCUCCCAGCUUAGUGAGACUGGCCAGGAGAGCACUGGAGGGUCAGAACUGGAGGAGUCCUUCCACUCCUAUCACAGUACUGGCUUUCACCCCACUGCCAGUGGGCAGCCUCGCACCAAUGGACAUCUUCCCAGCAAUGGACACUCUACUGUUGGUGAACAUGAGAUACAUAGGCUGUCCCCUGAACGAGGCCUGAAAAAUGACACUCCAGCAGAGAGAGGGUCCUCUAAACUCCUGAGGUUCCAUGAUGAUGGGCCGCCAUUACCGUUUUCCCCAUCCAGAGUACGUUGGUUGAAGGCCAUCAAUAAAGUCAGAGUUCAGCUCCGGGAGGUUCGAGAUGAAGAACCCAGUGCUAGACAGGCCUGGGUCAAACCAGGUGGCGGAUCUGGUCUGUAUGGAAUUGACAGCAUGCCAGACCUGCGUAAAAAGAAGCCUAUCCCCUUGGUCAGCGAUGUGGCUAUGUCCCUCGUCCAAGCCAGGAAGGCGGGGAUCGCGUCUGCCAUGGCUGCACGGUCCUCAAUCAAGGAUGAGGAGCUGAAAAACCAUGUGUACAAGAAGACCCUGCAAGCGCUCAUCUACCCCAUAUCCUGCACUACACCACAUAACUUUGAGGUGUGGACUGCCACUACACCUACAUACUGCUAUGAAUGUGAGGGGCUGCUGUGGGGAAUAGCCCGCCAAGGCAUGCGUUGCUCCGAGUGUGGGGUCAAGUGCCAUGAGAAGUGCCAAGAGCUGCUGAAUGCUGACUGUCUACAGCGUGCUGCAGAGAAGAGCUCUAAGCACGGAGCUGAAGACCGGACUCAGAAUAUUAUCAUGGCCAUGAAGGACAGGAUGAAGAUCAGGGAAAGGAACAAACCAGAAAUAUUUGAGCUUAUCAGGGAAGUGUAUGUCAUCAGCAAAGCCAUCCAUGCGCAGCAGAUGAAGACCAUCAAGCAGAGCGUACUGGAUGGCACCUCAAAGUGGUCAGCCAAGAUCACCAUCACAGUCGUUUGUGCCCAAGGACUUCAGGCGAAGGACAAGACAGGAUCCAGUGAUCCAUACGUCACCGUUCAGGUGGGCAAAACCAAGAAGAGGACCAAGACCAUUUAUGGCAACCUCAAUCCUGUCUGGGAGGAGAAGUACCACUUUGAGUGCCACAAUUCCUCAGACCGAAUUAAAGUACGUGUGUGGGAUGAGGAUGAUGAUAUCAAGUCAAGGGUGAAGCAGCGUCUCAAGAGGGAAUCUGAUGAUUUCCUGGGCCAGAGUAUAAUUGAAGUUCGAACGCUGAGUGGAGAAAUGGACGUCUGGUACAACCUGGAGAAGAGGACAGACAAGUCAGCUGUGUCAGGUGCCAUUCGCCUCCAAAUCAACGUGGAGAUCAAAGGAGAGGAGAAAGUGGCUCCAUAUCACGUGCAGUACACCUGUUUGCAUGAGAACCUGUUCCACCACUCGACCGAUGUGCUGGGCCAAGGUGUGGUGAAAAUCCCCGAAGCACGUGGAGACGAUGCAUGGAAAGUUUACUUCGAUGAUGUGGCACAGGAAAUAGUGGACGAGUUUGCCAUGCGCUAUGGCAUUGAGUCAAUCUACCAGGCCAUGACGCACUUCGCCUGUCUGUCGUCCAAGUACAUGUGUCCCGGGGUUCCUGCUGUGAUGAGCACCCUGCUGGCCAAUAUCAAUGCCUUCUACGCCCACACAACCGCCUCCACCAAUGUGUCCGCCUCUGACCGUUUUGCUGCCUCCAAUUUUGGGAAAGAACGCUUUGUCAAGCUUUUAGACCAGCUACACAACUCCUUGCGCAUUGACCUCUCAACCUACAGGAACCACUUUCCUGCCAGUAGUAAGGAUCGCCUGCAGGAUUUGAAAUCCACUGUGGACCUUCUAACCAGCAUUACCUUCUUCAGGAUGAAGGUCCAGGAGCUACAGUCUCCGCCAAGAGCCAGCCAGGUGGUGAGGGACUGUGUCAAGGCCUGCCUCAACUCUACAUAUGACUACAUCUUCAAUAACUGCCACGAGCUGUACAGCAGACAGUACCAGCCUGUUGACACUAACAAGGAGGAGCUCCCGCUGGAGGAGCAGGGUCCGAGCAUCAAGAACUUGGACUUCUGGCCCAAACUCAUCAUGCUCAUUGUCUCCAUUAUUGAGGAGGACAGGAACUCCUACACACCUGUGCUCAACCAAUUCCCUCAAGAACUGAGCGUAGGGAAAGUGUCGGCAGAGGUCAUGUGGACCUUGUUUGCUCAAGACAUGAAGUAUGCAAUGGAGGAGCAUGAGAAGCACAGGCUGUGUAAGAGCACCGAUUACAUGAACCUGCACUUCAAGGUCAAGUGGCUCUACAAUGAAUAUGUCAAGGAGCUGCCAAACUUUAAGGGUGUUGUUCCCGACUACCCAUCGUGGUUCCUACAAUUUGUGCUGCAGUGGUUGGAAGAAAAUGAGGAUGUAUCUAUGGAGUUUAUGCAUGGAGCCCUAGAGAGAGACAAAAAAGAUGGAUUCCAGCAGACGUCUGAGCAUGCUCUGUUCUCCUGCUCUGUGGUGGACAUCUUCACUCAGCUCAACCAGAGCUUCGAGAUCAUCAAGAAACUGGAAUGUCCCGACCCGAACGUCAUGGCUCACUACAGCCGCCGCUUCUCCAAGACAAUUGCCAAAGUUCUUCUGCAAUACAGUGCCAUUCUGAGCAAGAGUUUCCCUUCUUAUAUUGACAAGGAGAAGAUUCCAUGUGUCCUGAUGAAUAAUGUGCAGCAGCUGAGAAUCCAGCUGGAGAAGAUGUUUGAGUCGAUGGGCGCCAAACAGAUGGACACUGAGGCCAGUGAUUUACUGAACGACCUGCAGGUGAAGCUGAACAAUGCGCUGGAUGAGCUCAGCAGGACAUUUGGGAACAGUUUCCAGAGCCGCAUCAAUGAUUGCAUGCGACAGAUGGCGUCUCUGCUGUACCAGAUCAAAGGACCACUCAACGCUAGCAACAAAAACCAGGUGGAGGCCGACUCUGACAACAUGCUACGGCCGCUCAUGGAUUUCCUGGAUGGAAAGCUGACACUGUUCGCCACCGUGUGUGAGAAGACUGUGCUGAAGCGUGUGCUGAAGGAGCUGUGGAGGAUCGUUAUGAGCAGCCUGGAGAAGACCAUCGUCCUCCCGCAGGGGAACGAUACCUUUGGAGCACAGAUUCUCUCAGCUGCGAAAGAACUGGGUCAGCUCUCCAAGCUCAAGGAUCACAUGGCAGGGGAGGCUAAAAGCCUGUCUCCCAGGCAGUGUGCUGUCAUGGAUGUGGCACUGGACACGAUCAAGCAAUACUUCCAUGCAGGAGGCAACGGGCUGAAGAAGGCGUUCCUGGAGAAGAGUCCGGAGCUGUCCUCACUACGCCACGCUCUGUCCCUCUACACUCAGACUACAGACACACUCAUCAAGACCUUUGUGACCACCCAGCAUGCACAAGUGCACAAUGGAAAGGGUAUUAGGUUAACUCCCAAUGAAAAAAUACAGCCCAGCAGGGGUUCAGGCGUGGACAAGCCGAUAGGUGAGGUGUCCGUCCAGAUCGAGCUGCACACUCAUCCUGGGAACGGGGAGCGCAAAGUGACCGUCAAAGUUGUGGGAGCCAGUGAUUUGAAAUGGCAGACGUCCGGCAUGUUCCGACCUUUCGUGGAGAUCACCAUGAUCGGGCCUCACCUCAGCGACAAGAAACGCAAAUUCCAGACUAAAUCCAAGAAUAACAGCUGGUCUCCAAAGUUCAACGAGAGCUUCAAUUUUGCUCUGGGUAACCAGGACGGCUUCGAGUGCUACGAGCUGCAGGUGUGCGUCAAAGACUACUGUUUUGGCCGCGCCGACAGAGUGGUCGGCUUGGCCGUGAUACAGCUGAGAGACAUCACGGGGAGGGGCAACUGCGCGUGCUGGUGCCCGCUGGGUCAGCGCAUCCACAUGGACGACACAGGCCUCACCGCCAUGCGGAUCCUCUCCCAGCGCUCCAACGAUGACGUGGCCAAGGAGUUCGUGAGGCUGAAGUCAGAGACCCGUUCGGCCGAGGAGGGCAGAUGAGGAGAGCUGGAGAGAGAGGGAGGGACACGGGAAGGAUGGAAGGCUUCCGAAUUUCACAAUAAGAGAAGGAUCUCAUGCAGCAGUCUUGUCAAAAAGCAGGGAAUUAUUUUCCGUAGAUGGCCAUGUGAGCUGUAACUCAGACCUUUGAUGUGUCUUAGCUGCUCUUGACUGUUUGGCCAAGCUCACCGACACACUGUCACAUUCACACUCUGGGUAUUCUGGAUAAACAUGUUCCUCAAACACUCACGUUAUUUACCGAGCUACUCAACAGCACACAGCACACCGGCUCACUCAACCUUCACGCUCACCAGCUGUUUCUCUCGGCAGUGGCCACUUACUCAGUCAUUUAAGCUUUUUUUGUUUUGUUUGUUUUAAACCCCUCUCCUCAUCAGUUCGCACGCCACAGCCUCAAGGGAACAGACGAUGCGAAGGCCCCGCUGGAGGGCCCAGACGGGUUCCCACACCUCCCCUGUGUUGUUGUGCAAUAACCCCACCUAAACCCUUCAAACCGUAGCCGUGUGUUUGAUGCCUUACAAACUGUGAAUGUUUGAAGUUAAAAAAAAAAAAUGUCUUUUGAAUGCCCUGUUCUGUAGCUCCACUGUGAUGGUUUGAGUAAAUGUGAAAUACUGCUCGUUUAUCAUAAAGGGGUCUUUUGUUUAAUGAAUGAAUGACCGGUUGCUAGGAGACAGUCCCAGCUGAGGUUGUCAGUUAUUGAAUGGAGUGCAAGUGAAGCUGAUGAUGUAAAGUCAAUCUUGUACAGUGUCAAGAGAAGGUACUUAAAUAAGCUCUCAGAGGAUUGUUCAGUUAACUGUGUGCCUUGACUUGUUUCCAUUCCUGUUUCCCCAGGAAAGACAUCAGUGAUGAUCAGUAAAUAGGAAAAUGGUAAAAUGAACAACGGUGUGAUUUAAAUCAAAACCUCAUGAAAAAUAAGACCCAACAUGUGAACAUUCACUCCGGCCAUAUUUAUUUAGAAGCGUCGGCUCCAUUAACAGCUCUCGGCUCAUGCUGUAGACGCGAUGGUGCAGCCGUUUUAUUUAUUUUUUAUACAUAUUUAUUUCUGUCUGUGCUUUUCAAAGCCGGUGAUUAAGACGAUCGUCUGCUGGGAGCAGACGGUGUGUUUGAGAAUUUGCACAGCAGUUGCCGCUGCAGCGUAAACUGUAGCUCAGCUGAUGAGAACCCUCAGAAUAAAGUGGCGAAAUGACUAACAAAGCUGGCGACCUAUAAUAGAGAACUCUCUGUUAUUGUUCAUUAAUGAUAAAGAAAUGUUAUGUUGAACUUCGGGGCAACAACUUUUUUCUUCCAAAAAGGAUAUCUGAACAUUUGAACACGAGCUCCUCAGCUGCUGAGGUGAUCAGGAGUGUAGAAUCACUUAUGGUUUACAUUUAUCUUCCGGCUCUGUUUUCUUCUACUCUUCCUAUGAGUGGCCUUACUUUGAAGAAAAAACAAAACACAUGUAUCUUUUUAACAUUUUUUUCUUUUUUUUUAAUCCUCAUAUUUCCUUUGGCUCUCAGGAAUGAGGACUGGCCACUGCUUUGCCCAUAAUGAAUUCAAAUAAGUUUUCCACAUCUGUGUUAUUUAUCGUUUUGUCCUUUUUAUCUUUGACGAUAUCUAGGCUGGAGUUUCUUGCAGUCCGUUAUAUUCUGUUCUGUUCCUCUAUUUUGUAAAAGUUCAUCCUGAAUCCUCUUUAAUAGUUUUGGAACGCUGUCAAUCACUGUAUUGAAAGAAAUGUGCAAUGUGUGCCAGUGAAUAACUGAUGGAAGAAUAUUAAAAUGUUACACGUAAUAAAGGAUGGACAUUUGCUAUGAAGUGUGUGCACAGCUUUGAACCGAUCACACCCUAUAGGAACCACAAAUUCGCAUUCCUUUUUUUACGCCUCAUUAUACUUUGUGAAUAAUUUCUGUUUCAUAGCCAUUCUGUAAUAUUCAUGUUCCUUGUGCCAAGUUGCAAGUGUUCACUUUUUUAUUUUUGUGUUUUCUAAAUUUGGCAACCCUUGCACUACUACUAAGUCACUGCAAUAGUUAACAAGUACAGUAUGAGUCACAGUAACUGUAUUUUUGUGGUGUUUUCUUUGUAUUGUCACUACUCUGAAAUGUUGUUGUCGCCAUGUAAACAAUCCGAUUAUGAAUUUUGUAUAAAGUAUUUGAGAAGUAUC